UCUAAAACUUCUUGCACUUUCCCACUAAAAAUCUUGCCAAGUACGACGUGCGGGACGCCGAUUGCAAUGUUUGCGCUACGACUCCUGCGACUGCACGGCUCGCGGCCGUUCCGAUAUUCUUGCGCGGCGGCGGCAACAACAAAACACAUGCUGCCCCGGCGGCCAGCUGAGCCGGCGCGUGCUCCGAUUGAAGACUGGAGUCCCGCGGGGCGACUGACCCAGCUGCAGGAUCUGUGCACGAGGAGCCUGGCCACUACCUCCUCAUCCGCAACGGCACCCGAGAAACCCAGGACGCCGCUGGAGGAGCUGGUGGCCGCUGCCAAGCCCUACGCGCAGCUCAUGCGGAUAGACAGACCCAUCGGCACCUAUCUGCUGUUCUGGCCCUGCGCCUGGAGCAUAGCUCUCAGCGCGGACGCGGGCUGUUGGCCCGACCUGACCAUGCUGGGCCUGUUCGGGACCGGCGCUCUGAUUAUGCGCGGCGCCGGCUGCACCAUCAACGAUCUCUGGGACAAGGACAUCGACGCCAAGGUGGAGCGCACAAGGACGCGUCCGCUGGCCUCCGGGCAGAUCAGUCAAUUCGAUGCCAUUGUGUUUCUCUCGGCCCAGCUCAGCCUCGGACUCCUCGUGCUCGUCCAGCUCAACUGGCAGUCUAUCCUGCUGGGCGCCAGUUCGCUCGGUCUGGUGAUCACGUAUCCGCUCAUGAAGAGAGUCACCUACUGGCCCCAGCUGGUCCUGGGGAUGGCCUUCAACUGGGGCGCCCUGCUGGGCUGGUGCGCCACCCAAGGCAGCGUCAGUCUAGCCGCCUGCCUGCCGCUCUACCUCUCCGGCGUGUGCUGGACCAUAGUGUACGACACGAUAUACGCGCACCAGGAUAAGCUGGAUGACCUGCAGAUAGGCGUCAAGUCGACGGCUUUGCGGUUCGGCGAGAACACCAAGGCGUGGCUGUCUGGAUUCACGGCAGCCAUGCUGACCGGGCUUUCCGCCGCAGGCUGGGCCUGCGAUCAAACGCUACCCUACUACGCGUCUGUUGGCAUUGUGGGCGCCCAUCUAGUACAGCAGAUUUACUCCUUGAAUAUUGACAAUCCCAGCGACUGCGCCAAGAAGUUUAUAUCCAACCAUCAAGUGGGACUCAUUCUGUUCCUGGGCAUUGUCUUGGGCACUCUUCUGAAGUCGGAGGAAACCAAGAAGCAGCAGAAAUCUUCCGCAUUGACGACAAGCUCCUAUGUUUCGCUGCCGCAAAAGCCGGAGGUCAUAAGCUGAGACAGCAGGAUAUGAAGUAGUAUUAGUUCAUUUUACCGCGCGCUCUUCGUUCUCUUAAACCAAAGUCUGUAGUUAGGUGAUUGUAAAUAGGGAUCCGACAUGUACCUAGUUCAGUUGCUAUAUGUUAGUAUAAAGUUUACUUGGCUAGCAA